CCUCCCCACCCGCCCGUACUCCCGCCGCCGCCGCCGCCGCCGCCGCCGAGCAGCCAUGACGACGCGCUUCAAGAAGAACCGGAAGAAGCGCGGGCACGUGUCGGCGGGGCACGGCCGCAUCGGGAAGCACCGGAAGCACCCGGGAGGCCGCGGGAACGCCGGAGGGAUGCACCACCACCGGAUCCUCUUCGACAAGUACCACCCGGGCUACUUCGGCAAGGUCGGCAUGAGGUACUUCCACAAGCUCCGCAACAAGUUCCACUGCCCCGCCGUCAACGUCGAGCGCCUCUGGUCCAUGGUGCCCGCCGACAAGGCCGCCGAGGCCGGCGCCGGCAAGGCCCCCGUCCUCGACGUCUCACAGUUCGGCUACUUCAAGGUGCUCGGCAAGGGGCUCCUCCCCGCCGACAGGCCCAUCGUCGUCAAGGCCAAGCUCAUCUCCAAGGUCGCCGAGAAGAAGAUCAAGGCCGCCGGCGGCGCCGUCCUCCUCACCGCCUAGGUUAGGUAACUUGGAGGAAGGGGUUCUUGCCAUCGACAUUAUCUAAGCAUCUAGUUUUUUUUAUAUCCAUCUUGUUGUGUCUCGUUGAAACACAAAAGACUUCUUUAUUUAGCUAUUCUUGUGCCUUUUUUUUGUUAUGGAAACCUUCAUGGAAUGUCUA